AUGGAGUCUGCAGGAGUACUUCAGGAUGCGUCUGCCCUGAGGUAUACAGCCCUGUAUGCGACACUCAAGGGCGAACACACUCGAGCGCCUGUUGUGUCUGCAUGCGCGAGUACAAGCCUGUUUGUGAUACUCAUGGCAACACUCACCCCAGCAGAUGCGCUCUUAAUUGCGCCGGUGCACAGUUCGCCUACGUUGGCGCCUGCAGAUAGACACUGCAAACAAUCGUCUUCUUGCGGCGGGCGCUUCCACGGGUUGAAGUGUGCAGGUCCCGUAGACUGGAUGCAGCAGUGGCUCUCCCCGAAGAACUGUUCUGCUGCCCUAGUUGCGUCUGUCAUUUUAGAGAGAAUGUGUAUGGCUUUGGAGUGUCUGGAGCUGGAACGACUGUUAGUGAACCUUAUCGUGUCUCGCGUCCCUUUUUGGUGGAAUGACAUUCAUACCCAGGUUAUCAGACGCCUGAAGCAGCGCCUCGUAGACUGCACCAGCCUACAAGUACCGGAGUACAGCAAAGCACAUCAAUUAUACACAGAUGCUUCCGGACACACGACUGGCGACGUGUUAGAACAAGAGCUUGGUUACGUCAUGUCGCCCGUGCAGUAUAAAUAUUCAGCUUACGAUCAGGAGCUGUUGGCGCUCGUCAUGCCCUUCGAAAAGCGAAAAUACAUAUUGGAGGCAACUGAUGAUAUGGAUCAUCAAGCCUUAGCACAACAACUCAACUCGUCUUAA